AUGAAUUUUCUGCUGGAGUCAGAGUACUCGGACGCCUUCGGGCAUUGCGAUCGCUAUCAGAGGCAGCUGUGGGACACAACCUCCAAGCAGGACGACGAUUACAAAAGUGAUUGCGAGGAGUGGUUGCAGCAAGGUGGCUUUGAGGUGACCGUGGCCUUCAUCUACUUCUUUGUCCCCGCUAUGGUGCAAGUCCAGCUUCUGGAAUGCGAUGCACUCCCGACACACGAUCAAAAUGAUUGCAAAUCAGUGCAGUCGCUGAUCCGUGGGACCACCCUGAAGCGCGCGAAGGAGACGACCCGCUGGAUGGUGGACAACGCCCUGGGGCAUCGCUUGGGUCAAAUCCACUCUGUCGAGACCCAAUGCGACGACAAGGACAUGGUUUGUGUGGACAGCCAUAUGCAGUACUCGCGCCGCAGGCAGCAAAACCUGAGAGAGACGGUGGACAGUUUCAGGAGGCUUAAGGCCGCGUGGCAAGAAGGUGCCUACCAAGAUUGGGGGCAGCACAAGUCGAAAGCUGACAAAGUCGUCAUCAAGCGCUUCAAUGCUCCUCACGGCAGGCGUCGCCACAACAUGCACGAGUGGGGGCCGUGGCGCUGCUACGCCUGCAAGUUCCAGGUCAAAGACCGCAACAAGGUCACAAAUCUUGACGAGAAGACCGUCUGGGGCGUCUGCACAAUUGAUGGCAACUACGAUGGCUGUGACGCAAGGAAUUUGUGCUGCAACAACUACGCAGUGAGAAGCUUCUUCAAUGUCGCCAUUGAUAACGUCAAACAGCCGCUGAGGAACCAGUUUCAAGCGGCCCGGCACAAGGCCUUGGUGCUACUGGGUGAGUCGGUUGCAUGCCCAGCUGGCUACGUAAUGCAGGGCUACCUUGGCGCAGACAUUAGCGGGUGCGGGCUCGAAAGUUGUGAUGGGAGGGCGAAAGUGGACACGAUCAAAGAGUGCAAAGAUCGCUGCGACACCCACAAUGACUGCGUCAGCUUCAACUACGCCCCGCCCAAUGCGAAGGAUGACGCCAAGGUGUGCACGCUCUACGAUAAAGACCAACCGACUGACAUCUGGAAGGAUGAACAGGUCUUCUGCGCCAGGAAGAAGCGCUAUGAACUCGCGAAAAGCGGCGCAUACUGCCAACAGCGGUGGUGGCUGGGCAGUCGAACUCGCAGAUUGGGGAAUCCAGAUCGUGGAAUCCCCAAUCUGGAUGCCUGCGCAGUGGCGGUGGCUAAGAAUCAAGAGUGCCAUGGGAAGUACUUUGACUAUGGUGGGACUAAGUUGGGCGGCGGCAAUUGCCAAUGCGCGCUCGAUCUCUGUCCGGAGGCAGGGUCGGCCUUUUCGUCUCCUUCCCCCACUGACGGUGUGUACAGGUUGCUCAAACCCAUGGGAUUCCAUGGCCAAGGGUUUUGCAAUGAGGGGGAGGUUUAUAAGUCGAAGGCUUGGGAGCUUGCCAGCAGCUCUGUCGGCGAGAAAGGCUUCGACACCGACGAGUUUGCCUCGUGGAAGGAGAGAGCCUGGACGCUGUGCCGAAAGAAAAAUUCGGCGACCAAGUUCAUCAGCGUUUGGAAGGAUGCGGGCUACCGAUGCUACACCUCAUCCACGUGCACUCCAUCUGGCCACGCCAAUGUACAGACCUG